ACUUCGUUUUCUUUUCUUCUUUUGGAACUUUGGAAACAAAGGAAGCUUCAAUUUCUUCUAAGAAAGUGUGCUUUUGGUAGGUGUUAAUGCUAUCAUGAGGGUAUAUAACAUAACAUCACAGCCAAAUAACUCAUUGCCAGUAGAAAAAGCUUUGAGAAGAAACAUGGGAGAAGUGGCCGAAGCUCAAUACUUCAGAUCAGAAAUAGCUCUUCUGAAUUACUCAGAUGCCACUCUGAAACCCCCACUCUCUCCUCUCUUGAUCCACAUUGAUCCACUCACACCGACUGAUUCGUCUCCCUCACAAGCUCAUCCUUCACCCUCUUCCCACCAACAGGAACAACACCCCAAAGACGCAUGGCUUCCCAUCACUGAAUCAAGAAAUGGAAAUUCCUUUUCUGCAGCCUUCCAUGUUCUUAACUCCAAUAUCGGCUUCCAGGCUCUCAUGCUUCCCGUUGCUUUCGCCACUCUUGGUUGGGUGUGGGGCACAGUAUGUUUGACAGUGGCAUUCGUUUGGCAGCUCUAUAGCAUAUUUCUUCUUGUUGAACUUCACGAAUCCGUCCCUGGGAUUCGACACAGCAGAUAUCUCUUCCUCGCCAUGGCUGCAUUCGGUAAAAGGUUAGGGAAAGUUGCAGCAUUAUUCCCAGUGAUGUAUCUUUCAGGAGGCACAUGCGUCAUGCUUAUCAUCACCGGUGGUGGGACCCUGAAACUGUUAUUCAAGACACUUUGCGAGAAUGAUAAUGGAAACACUUGCAAUGCCCACGCGCUUACCGGAGCAGAGUGGUUCUUGGUCUUUACCUGUGCCGCCAUUCUCAUUGCACAGUUGCCAAACCUCAACUCCAUGGCCAUGGUUUCUCUCGUCGGAGCCGUUACCGCCAUCUCUUAUUGCACCCUCUUCUGGGUUCUCUCCGUUAAGAAGGGUAGGCCGAACAACGUAUCUUAUACCUCGACCCUGUCGGAAGAAUCCACUGCGGUGGCUAAGAUCAGCGACGUUCUCAAUGCUAUUGGAAUCAUCUUGCUAGCCUACAGAGGUCAUAAUGUUUUGCUCGAGAUACAGGGGACGCUGCCUUCAGAUUUCGAUAGAACAUCCAAAGAACCAAUGCGCAGAGGAGUGAGCAUGUCAUAUGUUCUGAUCUCCAUGUGCGUCUUUCCUCUUGCAAUUGCCGGAUUCUGGGCCUAUGGAAGCCAGAUAAACGACGGUGGAUUGUUGUAUUCGUUCCCGCAACUUCACAGGAAGCAGAUAACGAAAUUCUCUAUGGGAGCAAUAUACGUUCUGGUGAUAAUACAUUGUUUGAGCAGCUACCAAAUCUAUGCGAUGCCGGUUUUCGACAACCUUGAGAUAAGAUUGACGAGCAUAACGAAUGAGAAAUGUUCGGGAUUGGCGAGAACAUGCAUACGAUUAUUUUUCGGGGGAUUGACGUUUUUCAUAUCUGUCGCGUUCCCAUUCCUUCCAUCCCUAUCAGUACUGCUUGGAAGCAUGACCCUGGUGCCGAUCACGUAUUCAUACCCCUGUUUCAUGUUUCUAUCACUGAAGAAGCCUCGACCAAGAGGUUUUGUAUGGUGCUUCAACGCUGCGCUCGGGUGCUUGGGUUUGCUUCUGAGUGCUCUUCUCUUAGCUGCAGCUGCAAGAACUCUGUCUCACAAAGGCUUGAAUGCUAACUUUUUCAGACCAUAACAGUACUGUUCUCCAUUAGCGACCAGCAGAAGCUAGAAGCUGCUUACCAACUAAUUACCAUUAAUUUAUUUUCAACCCUAAAUAUAAUCAUAGUUUAGUCCCUCUAAUAUCUUCUGCUACACGAAAGUGUU